AUGGCGCAUGAGACAGAGAAGCCAAGACGAGAAGAGUACAUUGAGACGGUGCUGCCAUGGCUACGCCAAUGUGGGGUGCGAGACCUACAAGCAAUGAAGCCUACUUUGGUACCAGAUUCUGUGAGUAAUGCACUUGAUGCUGUCAUCCGUCGAAGCCAGCGCCACACCUUCCAGGAGGCAAAAGCAUUGAAACACCGGGUGCAAAUUGAAGCCAUUGCUUCACAUUGUUUGUCCUGCAUAUCUCCUGAUUUAGUGAUUGAACUUGGUGCUGGGCAAGGGAUUUUAGGUCAGACGCUGAGCUCGGCGAGCAGUUGUCCACUGGUAGCUGUUGAUCGUCGAGGCAACACCGAUGCCUUUGAUACACACCAUGAUCUCACUGAAGCUGAAGUUGCUUGUAGCUUCCACCGGAUUCGAACGGAGAUUGCAAGCCUCAAUGAGGAUCAGCUGCCUGAGUUGCUUGGUGCCAAAAAGACGUUGCUGCUGGCGAAACAUCUCUGUGGGCAUGGCUCGGACGCAGCGAUUGACUUGGCGAUCAAGCUCGGAUCAAGCCUGGGCCUCCUGUGUUUGGCUCCUUGCUGCUACGUCACAAUGAGGUGGGAGCAUCUUUGUCCAGAUUCCCAGAAGUGGCUUCAAGAGGCCUCUUUUCCCGGGGAAGCUCAUGCAUUUGACCUUCUAGUUGACACCAUUCGUUUGGCACGAGGGGGACCCAAUGCGUGUACGAGGUGGCGUCUUCGGGAGUCGAAGACGGAGGAGGAGAUUCAAGAGCUUGGUCGAAAGGCUUGUCGCAUCAUCGACGAAGCUCGACUGUCUCGAUUGGAAUCCCAUGGAUUUAAGGUGGUUGCUGUGGAGUAUUGCCACCCAGACACGUCACCUGAUAAUGUCCUCCUACUUGCAGCACCUAUGACAUCAACCAGCUCUUUCCCCUUGCCAAGUGGACCAACCAAAGCGGAUCUGGGAGUAUCAUGUUUGCUGGAAUUGGAUCCGACGGCCAGUCCUAGCUUGACGACGCGCUUGGGGGCAUACUUGCUCACCAUGAAAGCUUGCGGUGACUUGCCGUUGAUAUCCGUGAUGACGGAACUUCAGCAGCUGGUGCAGAAGCUUUGCAAAGAUGUGCUGCUUCAGAGAGUUGUUACGCGGUUUCUGCCUCUGACUGACUGCAGCGGAUGUGAUAUGUGCAGCCUCGUCAAGGAGGUGACAGAGAUCUUGGAGGAGCUCUCCACAGAAAAGAGCACGGCGACUCUGAGAGUGGCUGCGAAGCCGCGGUCAUUGGAGAAGGUGAUUUGCGAGUCGUUCUCUCCCAAAUUCCUUUCUCCGACUCAUUUCACCCAUGUGCUGAGCGUCUUGGCCUCCAGUGACCAACUGACCUAUUCCAUUGUUCCACGUGAGACUCUGGAUCCUUCCGCCUGGUCAGAGGCAUGUCAAUCCCAAGAUCUUCGUGUCUUCCAACGAUUCGACGAGGUGCUUUGA